AAGUGGGUGAAAAGGGCCGGAGAGCGCAGGCAGCCCGGGUUGGUGGCAGAGCAAUGCGGCGGAGCAGCAUCGCGCGCGCGGAACCAGCUGAAACCUCCGUGAUGCGUCCUGGAGCGGAGUGCGCGCACGGGAACGCUGAGCGCCAGUAGACUUCCAAGGAGGAGUAAAAUGUGGAUGAACGGCGAAUUGCUCAACUUGAAGAUCGAGUAAACUUUGGGAAGUUUUUUUUUUUUUUUUUUUUUUUUUUUUGAAAAUGGCCGUUCGUGGCAACUCGCUGAUGCCUUUCUCCAUCCAAGCGAUCCUGAACAAAAAGGACGACAGCAGACACUUGCCAGAUCUGGACGUGUGCUUUUCCAAGACCGCUUGCUGGAAAAUAUUUGAGGAGACGAGGGGAGACGACGCGGAGGCGUGCGAGGCGGCCGACCAGAAGAGCUACGACUCGGACUCCGGACUGAGCGACGACAACGACGGAAAGACCGCGGCCGCGCGCGAGGCGGAGAGGGACGGGGACGCGGACGGGGACGGGGACGGGGACGCGGCGUCCGACGUGCCGGAGGAAAGUCCGCAGGAGGAGACGGACCACGAGUCUGCGGCCGCGGAGAACGCCAAGAGCGACAGCGAGCCCAACAACGGAACGGACUGCAGCGCCCUGGACGAGAAGAGCCUGGAUCAGCCCAAGCAGCGGAAGAAGCGCUCCAGGGCCGCCUUCUCUCACGCGCAGGUCUUCGAGCUGGAGCGCCGCUUCAACCACCAGCGGUACCUGUCCGGCCCGGAGCGCGCGGACCUGGCGGCCUCCCUCAAGCUCACGGAGACGCAGGUCAAGAUCUGGUUCCAGAACCGCCGCUACAAGACGAAGCGCCGGCAGAUGGCCGCGGACCUGAUGGCGUCCACCCCGGCGGCCAAGAAGGUGGCGGUGAAGGUUCUGGUGCGGGACGACCAGAGACAGUACAGCCCGGGAGAGAUCCUCCGGCCGCCGCUGCUCUCCCUCCAGCCGUCCUACUAUUACCCCUACGCCUACUGCCUCCCGGCCUGGACACUCUCAGCGUGUGCGGGGAACCAGUGAGAACUGUAUUUAUUCUGGGUUUUUUUUUUUUAGUCGUUUUCGCUCCCAGGAAAGAAAAAUAACAUUUUAUUUCGACAAGAGAAGGAGACCUGAAAGGACCCGAAUCUUCUUAUUUCCCAAACUAUCACGGGUUCCUCAUACGCAUUUAAUAAGAGCCUCUCCAGAGGGGCCAAAUGAGACAUUUUAAUGGUUUUAUUCUCUGAAAUCCUAAGUAUCUGAACUAGUGUGGAGACGGGACCAGAAGAGCGACACGGUCAGGACUUUAGGAACUGAGUGGAGCUCUGCGCCCUCCUGGAUCCUCCUGUGGGACCCUGCUGCCCCAAAACAGACAGAAAAUCUCACCUUAUGUUGGUUUCUAUUUGACCUUCCUACCUCUGAUUGGAGAAAAAACAGGCAUAUUUUCAAUAACUUCUCAAAAAGCUGUUCCAGGUUGUUUCUUUUUUUUUUCUUGCUGUGUUUUUAAAGGUAAGAUAUUUCAGCACUUUGGAGAAAAUAACGAUGCAGUACUUCAGUGUAAAACGCGUUCUAUGUGUGCGCAUGCUCGGUGUCAGACUGAAAACAGGCGGUUUGUGGAGUUUUUCUGGGCCUGAAAGCGACAAACAGGCUCGACUUGUGUUUUUUUGUGUUCAAUGACUGUUCAGAUCGAAAGCAUUAAAACAUUUAAGGCAUUACUUUAAUUUGGACUAUAUUUUAUUUGAACAUUUAUAUUAAAAACUGUAAAAUUGGCACAAAU